AGGUCGGGUUCGGAUUCGGUCAGGUUUGACCCAUUUUUUGCGGGUCAUUUCGGGUUCGGUCAUCAAAACCUUUGUUCAAAACUCAGUGUUUUUAGGUCGGGUUCCGGGUCAAAAACAGGUCGGGUCAACUUUGAAGCACUCAUUGAAUUGAGGCACCCUCCAAGAAUUCAGAAAUGUGAACAAACAAGUUUACGGGGGUUGGGGAUACACAUCAUAAUCAAGGUCAAGUUAGUAAUAUGAUGUUCACUUACACUAUGCUUAGGUUCUCGAAAUCUCCAAAUGUAUCAAAUAUUGAUCCUGUGAGCCCUAUGUUGAACGACAAGUUUCCAGUUUGCCUUCAUUCAUAGAGUUCUCUGUAAUGUUUUCACACUCACGUCUUAACCUUUUCACAUUUCAAAUCUGUUCACGAAUCCACCUCCGGUGUCAAAACAAAUUUGGUUGGGUUUCAAAAAUUGUUGAUAUACACUGCUUUGUCUACUGAUAAGGGUUCUUUUCUUCAUGCAAGAAGUGUGGAUAGUUGUGUACAUUUAUCCGAGUAAUUUCUUUUCCAAAUAAAGUUAAAAGUUUUUGCUUCUUUUUAAAUGGAAGUUUUUCUUCUAUUUCUAAUAAUAUUUACUUCCAAAAAUAUUUGUGGCAUGUUAUUGCUAGGCUGUUCAAAGAUGCUUAAUUGUUCAAUUAGGAAGCUGUUUGGAGCUAUUCUGAGGCUGUUGGGCUAUUUGAAACAGAUUUUUUAUUGUUCAAACUUAUUCUUGAUGUUCAUAUAAUUUUUCAAAUUUUUUUGUGCUUAUUUUUAGUAUGACUCGGUGGUCGUUUGGUCCUAAUUCUUAGUGCGUAUGAUGAUGUUUUUAUUUUUGAUGUUAGGUUUGUUGAAGAAUUAGUUGCUGCUAAACAAAUGGAUAUCUUUGACAAAUGGAUGAGGUAAUUGGCGUUAAUGCAUUAGUAAUUGGAGCCUAUAGUUGUUGAUUGUUUCAACUUAUUUGAGGAAAUGGGUGGUUUUGAUUUGAUAAGAUUUUUAAGUGUUCCUACAACCAAUGGAGGUCGAAGAUACGAUCAUGCCCGACAAGCUUUAUAGAGAUCUCAUCUAAUACGGAUUGGCUUUUAGUGAUGAAAGAUGGCGGGCAGUUCUAGCCCAAGAUGGCAGCGAUUCCAUAGCCAGAAGGUAAUUGAAGCAUGCUAAAUCUAGCACAUAGAAAUAUGAGUUGGAAGUACACGCCACAUAAAGAAUAGCACUGAACCAAAAAUGGCAUCGUCAUGCGUACCACCACCACAUUUAGAGCCCAAUUCUACCUGAAGGUGGCUUCAGUUUCUUUUGGGAUGAGAGGACUCAACCACAGGCAUGUCUUUAUUCCUUAGAGAUAACAAUAUCUUCUUUGAAGGAAAGUAAACCACAUCUUUAUAUAUUGGUGUUUAAUUUAUCCCAUCCCUUAUACACUAAAAAUUGUGAUCCAACACAAUGAAUAUAUAAAUCACAACAAUCAUUUUUGCAAAAUGGUAUGGAACUAACCUAACAGAAUUCAGAAUCAGAACUUCGAAGUAGUAUUGCAACACAUUAACUUAUAUGUUAGUACAUUACAUAGUUUUGCAUAGAUACCUUAAUACAUUGGUUCAAUAAACUCCGUUGGUUCAAUAAAAAAACUGGCAUUCUAUUUGUUUUAAGCUCAGUGUCUUUCCAUUGUAAUUGUUUAAAAAAGUGUUAUGUUUAGAGUGUUUAUAGACCCAAUCUUCUGUGUGUUUCAAGAUUCUUUUAACCAAACAGUGUAUUUUCAAUAUUGAACCAAUCAAUUAUGUUGCACAGAAACUACUAUCCAUUCCACAGUUUGAAAAGGCUUGGUGAGAAUUUUUGAAAAGAGAAUAAAGGGAGGUUCGGUAUAUGUCUAUGCUUAUUUUGGCGCCGGCAAUAGGAGUGGAUACUAUCGCACUCCAAGACUUGAGUUUCCCCUGGACUUUUGAGAUGAGUCAGUAUAUGUCUCUGCUUAUAUUAUUUUAUAUAUAAAUAGUUUUCAUAUUCAAUCAGAGUGGCGAAAUUGGGAAGCAAACUGUACCAAGUAGUUCACCACAAAAUGAGAGCAGCUAAUUAAGUGGGAAGCUAAUGAGAAAAAAAACAAAUGUAAAGGGGACUAUGAAUCAGGUUCAUACCGACUAAGAGGUAUCAAAUCCGACGUCCUAUGACCUGGUCGACCUGGGCAGUCUGACCAGUCAGGGCUGAGAAGAUUCGUAAUUACAGACAUGGAUUCAUCUGACGAAGGCAUGCAAGGAAUUGGAGAAGGUCAAUCAACCUCUAGGCCACCACUCUUUGAUUGCACCAACUACUCUUAUUGGAAGGAACGGAUGAGAAUCUAUAUUCGUUCCAGCAACUUCCAAUUGUGGUUGGUGAUCAAAAAUGGCGAAGAAAUCCCUAUGAAGAAAGUGGGAGAAACCACGGUCCCAAAGACCAAAAACGAAUUUGAUGCCGAGGACAUCAAGAAGAUCGAAAACUAUGCAAAGGCCAUCAAUAUGCUAUAUUGCGCGGUCAACCCUGAUGACUACCGAAAGAUCUCCUGUUGCACAACCGCCAAGGAGAUGUGGGACAAGCUUGAAGUGACGUACGAAGGUACCGAUCAAGUUCGCGAAGCCAAGAUCGACUUCCUCACCCAAGAGUACGAAAUGUUCCGGAUGAAAGAAGCCGAUGUCAAAGACGAUCUGAUCGCUGAUUCAAACACAGACAUUUAGAAUCAAUAAACUCUGUUAUC